AUGAUUGCUUUCCGUGAGACCCUCAUCAAAUUCUUCUGGCAAUUUCCAGAUUUGACUGGGCAUCGAGUUCCUAGUGCCAUUAUCCCCAUCGACCAUGUGCGUGCAGCAACUGUGCCUUAUAGGGACGUAGGAGUCCUGACCCAAGUCCCAACAGUGAUUGCAAAGAAUACGAUGGCCAAACCAAAGGGGGAGAGAAAGGGUAAAUCCGCAAUAAAUGAAGUGGUUACUCGUGAAUAUACGGUAAAUUUACAUAAACGCCUCCACGGAGUUGGUUUCAAGAAACGCGCCCCAAGAGCUAUUAAAGAAAUUCGUAAGUUUGCUGAACAACAAAUGGGCACUCCCGAUGUCCGUGUGGACACCCGUUUGAACAAGUUUCUGUGGUCCAAGGGUGUGAGAAAUGUACCAUUCCGCGUACGCGUAAGGCUAUCGCGCAGACGUAAUGACGAUGAAGAUUCAGCCCACAAACUAUUCACACUUGUGACAUACGUGCCUGUUGCGUCAAUCAAAGGCUUGCAAACAGAAAAUGUUGACGCUAGCCAAGAA